AGAGGUAAAGAAGAGCACGGUUGCGUAUUCAUCAUUUCUUUCUACUUUCAACUUGUAAAAUGAACUGCGUAACUCUUCCUAAGGCGAAUUUUCGCUGUUCGCCGAUUUCCUUCUACUCUAAUUCUACUAUAUUACACAAUCACAGUAUCCGUUUCCAUGCCAAAAAUCGAAAAUCAAACAGAAUCAGAUGUGACCUGAAAAAUACUGAAAGUGGUAGUAACAAUACUCAACCGGAAACAACAAGUACUGGAAUCCAACUUUAUAGAGAUAUUGAAAGAGUACUUACAGAGACGGUGAAGCAAUCUCAAGGUUGGGGAAGUUCAGAGGACUGGGAUGAAAUCGAGGGAGCAUGGGUAUUGCAACCGAAAACCUCAAAGCCAAAGUUAGUUGUACAUUUUGUUGGAGGUGUUUUUGUUGGUGCUGCUCCUCAGCUUUCUUACCGUCUGUUCCUGGAGCGCCUCAGAGAAAAGGAUGUCUUGGUGAUUGCUACACCUUAUGCUAGUGGAUUUGACCAUUUCUACAUUGCAGAUGAAGUGCAGUUUAAGUUUGAUAGGUGCCUUAGAUUUCUCCAAGAUAGAGUAGAAGACCUUCCUGUAUUUGGCAUUGGACACUCUUUGGGAUCUGUAAUUCACCUUUUGAUUGGAUCAAGGUAUGCUGUGAAAAGAAGUGGGAAUGUAUUGAUGGCUUUCAACAACAUGGAUGCCAGCCUUGCAAUGCCAUUGUUCUCAUCUGUUCUUGUUCCAGUGAUGCAAAAUUUUGGACCAGUUUUAUCGCAGAUCACAUCAUCACCAACCAUUCGUCUUGGGGCAGAGAUGACUAUGAAGCAAAUAGAGAACCUUAGCCCCUCAAUUGCGAAGCAAGUUUUUCCACUGGUUGAGCAACUGACUUCUCUGUACACGGACUUGAUUAAUGGAAAAGAAAACUUUACUCCAAGACCAGAAGAAACUCAGAGGCUGAUAAGGUCCUACUAUGGGAUUUCGAGGAAUCUCUUAGUGAAGUUCAAAGAUGAUACAAUCGACGAAACUUCAACACUAGCUCAGGUGCUCAGCUCAGGUUCUGCCAUCAGCUCAAUGCUGGAUAUGUCUAUCCGCACUAUUCCCGGAGAUCAUGCGCUUCCUCUACAGCAGGCUCUGCCAGAUGUUCCUCCAGGAAUGACAGACGCUGUUAAUAGGAGCAGCGAGCUAUUGGCAAAUUUGACUGCGGGAACACCAUGGGAAAGUGUCACAAAGGAAGUAGGAAAUACACUUGGUAGUGUAGACUCUAUUAUUCUUAACUCUGGGAGUUCGAAGGACUUGAAUAUGCUUGUGGAGACCAUAACAUCGUGGAUGUACUCUAACUCGGGCCCGAGACUUUUGAAGUGAAUUGCCAAAAUGUAUUUUUUGUUUUUGAAAAUGUAACAUAAAAAAAAAUGUAUUGCUACUUAGAAUUGCUAAAAUGUAUGUAUAUGAGCCUUCCUAAAUGGUUCUGUAAUUUGUAAUGAUUGUAUAUAUUGAUUGAUAUUUGUCAAAGUUGACAGAACCUUAGUCCUU